AUGUCCCUCCUCGGCAAGAAGUGGCCUACGCCCAUCGCCAAGCCCAUGGCUCCGUUCUACGCUGCCGGCCUCGUCAUCCUCUACGGCGUUAACUCUGCCGCAUCUGCCAUGCGCAACAGCGACGAGUACAAGAACGACCCCCGCAACGGUGUCAAGGCUGCACACUAG